AUGGCUUCUUCCACAUCUACCUGUUCUACUUCGUCAUCGGAGCCUUGCUCUCCCAUCUCGACUCCCGCGACCACCCCACCAGAUUCUCUCGCCUCUGAUGAGGUCGCUACUGCUCCUGAGCUUGCCGUCGCUCUUGAGUCUUUGGUCCGGGAGCGUCCUGCACCAGGUUCGUUCAAGUUCCUGCCGGCCAGAGCACCCCUAGUGGACUGCUCGACUGGAAAUCCAGGCGCUCCCGGUAACCAUCCGGUCCUGGUUCUCCCCAGCCAAGAUGAUAACCCUGAGUUGGUUCAGUACGAUGGUAUCGCUCGUGACGAUACGGGAAUAGCCUUGUGA